UAUGGUGUGAGGUUUGGUGGGUAAUCUUUUGUGUUUUGGCAUUAAAUCCUAAAACGUAGGCCUCUUUUGUUUCAUAAAAACAGAGGGUGUGCAUAGUACAAGAAUAUAUGAAGGUCAAGCCUGCUUAUACAAUUUUAAGAGAGAAAAAUCAAUAGGCUGGAAGUUUUUUACCCAUAGAUUUUGUGCUGACAGGCUAACUGGGAAAAUGACUCAAUAGAAAUCUUAUCAAAACAAUACCUCUACUGCGAGUUUGCAAUUUCUGUGAUAAACAGGUACAACAUACAAAGCCUGAAGAAUGGCUGUGGAUAGGCUAUUUUAUAUGGGGUGAAUGAAAGUGAAGACCAGAGCUGGUCAGCUGAACUGUGGAUGCCGCCAGCCCUAAAGAUUUCAGAAAUCAAAAGAACGGGUUGUGCCCCUUAGCGUCCUGCAGAGUGCACAGAUGGGAUUGGAAAGGGCCGGCCGCAGCCCGGUUUGGAGAGCACGGAUGCCCCUGCAUGCUGGCACGUGCUUCAGGAGGCAUUCACGCGUAUCCUGGUGACCUAACCGCCGGGACCUCCACCUCUCCAAAUCGUGAUCUCGAGUGCUGGUUUCAGAUAACAGAACGGGCUGACUAUUCACUUCCCUGCUUACUAACUUUCAGUUUCCUUCUUGUCCUGGGGUGGAUGAAAUGACCCAAAGGGUGUAAAGGGUGCUGCGCCCUGACCCUCCCUCCAGAAGGGCAGUGCGGGCUUUCAGUCUGAAACGCCCCCGAUUCCCAUUCCGUCCAGACCAGCUCCAGACUCCAGAACUCUCUCGAGUCUCUGGACCCUCGUCUGCCAAAAGAGGAUCCUGUUGACCUUGCAGAAUUGCGCGGGUCAGCAUGAAGGCACAAACCUGGUGCAGGCACCAGCCACGAUGCCCAGCCAACGUGCUCCUUCCGACUAUUCAUUUAUAUUCAGUUCAGAACGUAACUGGCAGAAGCUUCAUUUCCACCUUAAUCAGUGAGGGAGCCCAGCUGUUUUUCAAGAGCCCUCAUUCAUGCUAUAACUUGGGAGUCAUCACCUGGCUGGAUCCUAAGUUUCAGUGAAGUGGUUGAAAUUUGGAAGUGAUUUGCAGUAACACCUGUUCAUUCAACAAAUCCUUAAGGAGCAGCUCUGUGGGUGAAACGCUCAGGAUGUCACAGCAAACAAGCCACAGCCCUGCUCUCAAGAAAUGACAUGACCCGUGGGAGGCUUUCAGGGAUUAUGAUGGAAGGUCUGAUCUGCAUGUUGGGAUAACCAACACAAACGGAGUUGUGUAUAAUUACACCAUGCAUGGUGUCCAGCGAGAUGAAGCAGGGUGGGAGCAGAGUAUAAGCAUCCCCUUACUGCAGCCCAGCAUGUUUGGACUGAUGGACCAGUGGGACAAGUACCUGGAAGACUUCUCCACCACAGGGGCCUGGCUGCCUCACAGGUACGAGGAAGACCACCACAACUGCUACAGCUACACCCUCACAUUCAUCAACUGUGUCCUGACCACAGAAGGCAGGGAGCUCCUGGACAAAGAGGAGUUCACGGAGAAGUAUGUGAUCCCGAGGACAAGGAAGGCUUCCAAAUACAUCACUCUCUACCGGGCGAUAGAAGAGUGCGGCUUCUAUGUGAUUGACCACCCUGACUGGGAGCCAGGCCCUCCCCUGCGGGCGGUUUGUGCUAAGCACGCUGAACAGGGACAGGACGAAGGGGCUGCUACCAGUUAGUAGGCACUAGGGGUUUCUAAAUGUGUUAGGCUGUGGUGAAUAAAAAAUGUACAGCUUUCUUUUAAGCACAUUUUCACGGACUGCUGUAUAAGAAUUUAUAAAAUAAAAAUUGCCCUGGGUUUUAAAAA